AUGCAAACACAUAUAAAUCAAAAUUCAAUGGAAAAUGAAAAACUUACAACAGAAUUGCCACAAACGGGUGUAAUAAGAGAAUUAAACAAACGUUUCUUUCAUUUUGGUAAAAAAUCUGAGAAAAAACAACAUCCUGGCAGAAUACAGUCUGAUAAAGUUAAAGAUAAACUUUUUUAUGAACCUCAAGCGCAAAAAUAUGAUAAGAAUAAAGUGCAACAUUAUCCACCACAGAAUAAAAAAAUAACUCCUGCAUUUAUUGGGCCUCAAUAUACGACGAGUAGUUCAACUAGAAAAUUUGAUAAUAAACAAUUAUCGAGUUUAUCCAACGAAACAACAGAACAAUCUGAUUUAAGUUUGUUUAAAGAAUUAGAUGAUAUUAAUCAAAAAUUACGAGAUAGUAUCAAUGAAGUGAAGAGUUAUCAUACAAUGGUUUACGGAAAUAUUCAUAAACCUGGUCAUAUUGUGUCAAAAAUGGUACCACCAACAAUGGAUUAUGAAACAACGGAAAAAUUAAGUCCACGUUACUUCUGGGAUGAAGAUUUGGACCAAAAAGAAUCGCCAAAAAUGAAUAAAAACUACAAAAGUAAUAGCAACGCUGUGGAUUCAGAAUUUCGUAACAGAAUGACCGAGACAGACAACUGUAAACCAUCUUGUAAAUCCAUACACACUCAAACUACACAUGGUGAUCCAUUAUUGAGGGUUUUCGCAAAUAAUAACUAUCCGGUACAAGCUGAUGAGAUUAAUAAUAUUGCUUAUCAUCCCAAAUAUAAAACAUAUAGAGAAUAUUCAACGCAAUCAUCAAAUGAGUACGAUUUUGGUCCAAGUUUCCUCACAGAAAAAAUGGAUCCAUUUCUAAACUCCGACUAUUCAAGACUGAACCAGAGAAAUAUAGCAAAUUUAAUGCGAAUGAAAGCACGGAGUAAAAAUGUAGAACCACUGGAACCGAAAUACGAUUCCAUUUACAAUCGGGUCGAACCAAAGGGAUCCUAUGAUUUGCAUAAUGUAAGUAAAAUUUCAUUUCAUGCAAUGAUGCCGAAACAGUUUCCUAACAAGGUGUUGACAACGGCGAUGCCCUUUGAAACGCUCACGAAUAAAGGAACACAUUCAAAUCUUAUUUUUGUUUCUGAACCUCAAGGACGCAGAGGACGUCAGGGUCGACCGCAGUUAUGGCACUUUGGAGCUGGUGUAAAAAAUCAACCAUAUCUCGUCGAAAUGAAAAGAGAGAAUCCCAGUGUAGAUAACUUUGGAGGUAUCACAAAUUCUGCAUUUACACUAGUGAAUAAAAGACCUAUAAUACAAAAUCAGUUAACUUCAGAAAAUAUGGAUUUGGAAGAUAAUGUACCAAUUGUGUAUCCAAGACAUUACGUUCUAAAACCUUUGGCCGAAGACCAACCAAACGACAGAAUAAACAUAGAAAGAAAAAGUAAUGAUAACAGCAAUGAUUACAUCAGUUCCCCAACUGGAAGACUAAACAAUCUGAAUACGAAUUUUAACAGACGCAUUGGAACUAAUAAUGUAAGAGUCGACGAUCUAAAUAGUAAAGGUUCAUCCUGUUCACCUCUUCAAUCUCCAAAAAUGCAUUCCCAAGUAGCCAGUUAUAAAAUUUCUACAAUGCCUUAUGUAAUUCCAGAAUCUCAAAUAUAUAAUAUACCAGAACCCGAACCCUGCAAUCCCCCCACACCCGCAAUAGACGACCAUGAUGAUUUACUGGCAUGUGAUGAUACAACCAUACCACCAGUCCCCUCAGCUGGGUGUGAAGCUGAACCAAUUACAGAAUAUACACCUUCAAUUCCAGUAGAAAUAACAACGUGUGAACCCGAAACAACUCCAAUGCCUUUUAAAUGUGGAACACCUGAUGAAACAGAUUAUGAUGCUGAUGAAAUUAAAUCAUCAUCGUGUCCUCCAAAGAGUGAUAACUCAUAUGUGCAACAACAGAGAAUAAUACACUUACAGGAUCAAUUGACGAGGUUAGAAGCAAAAGAUAAAUUCUAUGAAGUUGAAAGAAUUCAAAUGCAAGCAGACGCUAUAAAAUCUCUAAUACCACUGAAACAAAUGAUUGUUAGGUUAAUGGAGGAAAUUGAUUUGAUUUUAAAGAAGAUUAUUGAUAUGGAACAAUUUCCACAAUCGCCAUCCGUUGCGGAACAAUGUCAAUCAAACCAAAAUCAUUUCAAUGCUUUGGUUGAAGGCUUAACAGAAUCUCAACGUACAAUUAAACGUAUUGAGAGUACUCUGGAGAAGAUUGCUGAAAAUGCAAGUGAUUUGAAGGAGGAAAAUGAAAUAGGUUUAGACGAAGCCAAAUUGAGAAUGUCAGGAAUAUCCUGUCGUUUGGAUAAAGAAAAACGAAGAAUAAUGGAUGAGCAAAACAAACAAUUAGUAGCACAACAAUGUAAGAAACAAACAAAACGAAGGAAUAAAAAGUUUCGUUUGUUUCGAUGGAAGAGAAUGUUGCAAGAAGCCAUUGACAUGUUGUCAAAAUAGGUUUUGAAACAUACUUAUUUGUCAGUGAUGGCAUUCUGUGUGUCCGUUGUGACAAUUCUGUUCUAGCGCCGGAGUGGUGACCACUGAUAGUGAAAGCGAUGACUACAAUGAUAUAUCAUUGGUGCUUGAUAAAGAACAGAGAACCACUCCUGGAGGACGCAAAGCGACAUCUAAUGAAGAUAAAAAUGCAGGGAUUAAUUCACUGCAGAACUUUAAUGACAAAGAUGUUUAUGAUUUUAUGAACAUUCUGGGACCUUGUGAUGACUACGAUGAAUGUCAACAACAGAAGGGAUAAAAUCUACUACAACCCCAUCAUCAAUAUGGCGGAUGUUUCAUUUAUCUCAGGUGUUUAUACCGGCUCCAUCCCAUAAUAAUAUAAAAACUGGCAAGAUUAAUAAGAAAAAAGUGCAUGCAAGGAAAUCUCUUUUAAACCAUAUCAAAGAUAUGAAACGUAAAAGAAAGCAAUCUGUAAAGAUGAGAAAUGUUGGUAAUUUGCAACCAAGACAACAUUGACAAAGUCAAAAAUUGAUUAUCAGUCAUGCGUCAAGUUAAAUUUUCGAAAACAUGGUAUCAAUUUUGGAAUUAUUCAUAGUUUUAUUAUUUAUUUUAUUGGUUAUGAUUGGGCCUAACAAUACCGCACCUAAUUAUUCCUCAAAACAUUACGGGGGAAAGUUUAAAUGCACAGGAGAAUUGUAUAAACCACAUCACGCAUUUAACUGCAACCCAAUUAGCAAAAGUUCUUCGACAAUAACCUCAACUAUAAAGACAAGUAUAGAAACGUCAACUAUAACUGGAAGUACUCUAAAUUCUUUUGAACUAUGGAAGUUAACAAAAGUCUACUGCUUAGAUAGCCAGUAUAACCUAGAAGAAAUUGCAACACUUCCUUUACCAACAGAAUAUCCUACAUCAAAUUUCGGAGAUCAUUCAUUAGGAAUACAUUAUCCUUACAAACUGAAAAGAAGAAAAUCACGGCGAUCGAGAGAAACUAAAUUGAAACGAAACAUUGUAGAAACCUUGAAAAGAAUACUCAAGAUUGAAGAAAGUUUACUCAAAACCGAUGUCACUUAAUAUAAAUGUUAGCUUGUAAGUUUAACUAAAAGUAAAUAACACUCACCGGCAUCGACAAA